UAAAGCCCACACCCACCGCCCGGCUCACAGGCCUCGGAGCCGCACGCACCCUGCGCACCCUUCUCCUGCCGGGCAUUCUGGGGACCCCUCCUGCCGCGGGAUCCACGGACCUGGACACCAUGGACCCUCUUGGGACCCUCGGGCUGUUGCUUCUGCCCCUGCUCCUGCUCGGAACAGCUGCUCAGGAUCCCCUAGGAAACAACGCGGAGAUCUGCCUCCUGCCCCCGGACGUGGGGCCCUGCCGCGCCCGGGUCCCCAGUUUUUACUACAGCAGGUACACCCAGAGCUGCCGCCCGUUCAUGUACGGCGGCUGCGAGGGCAACGCCAACAACUUCGAAACCCGGGAGGCCUGCGAGGAAGCUUGCUGGAGGAUAGCGAAAGUUCCCAAAAUCUGCCGUUUGGAAGUCAGUGAGGGGCACUGUGGGGAGUCCCGAGGAGACUAUUUCUUCAAUCUAAGCUCCAUGGCAUGUGAAAAAUUCAUGUCUGGUGGGUGUCACCGAAGUGGGAACCAGUUCCCGGAUGAAGCUACUUGCAGGGACUUCUGUGUACCAAGGAAACGUCCGUCAUAUUGCUACAGCCCAAGAGAUGAGGGACUAUGCUCUGCUAAUGUGACUCGCUAUCAUUUUAACCCAAGACACAAUGCCUGCCAGGCCUUCACUUACACUGGCUGCGGAGGGAAUGACAACAAUUUUGUUAGCAUGAAGGACUGCAAACGUGUUUGCAUGAAAGCCUUGAGGAAGAAAAUAGGUAAGAAGAUACCAAGGUUUUUCUUUCCUGAUAGAAGACUGAAACUUCAGAAGAAGUAUUAACUGUUGUUGUUUUUUUAAUGUCAUCUUAUGAAUGCAAUUAUCGCCUUAUAUCUGAAGAAUAAUAUGCUAACACGAGUAAAUGAAUAAUUAGUGAUUAUUUACCAGUUUUUAUUGAUCCAAGUUAUUUUUAAAAACUUUGUCCACUUUUAUACAUAACUAGCUGCUACUCAAAUGUGAAACUGUUAUUUUUUUUAUUUACCGUAUAACUAUUUUUUAUGAGGUUGAAGCCUUGCUCUGCCUGAAAGAGAUAUAAGUAUAAAAUAAGAAAGCAAAUAUGACUCACCCAGUUUUGGCGGUUGCUUUCUUGAAAUUAGUCGAAGAUUGGGACUGAAAAACAAAGACAGCAUAAUCAUGUUCUUUUAAUACAUAUGAACAUAAAAAGGACCGAUAAAUACAUUUUCUUUUACAUUUAAAAGUUGGAUUAUAUUUUAGGUCCCAGGCGACAAACAUGCAUAUUUACCUAUAGCUUAAAAAAUAUUACAAGUGCUAUUAUUUAGACACUGCUAACUUACUUCAAUUUCUGUUGUGUCAUUUAAGAAAUAAUAAAAUAAAAUUUUGACUGAAUGAAA